GCUCUCGUCCACCUGCGGGUGCGGAGCCGCCCGAGCGGGCGAGAGAAGCCGACAAAAGCCGUCGGUGCGGCGGCAGCGCUACUCUCUCCGCUCCCCCCGCCGCGCCCUCCCGACCCGCUGGGCCAGUUCUGCCGCCCGCUGUCUCCGCCAGACAUGACACAAGACUACGACAAUAAGAGGCCUGUGCUGGUUCUGCAGAAUGAUUCCCUCUACUCCCAGAGACGUCCUUACACCAGCGAGGAUGAGGCCUGGAAGACCUUCCUGGAGAACCCCUUGACAGCAGCCACCAAGGCCAUGAUGAGCAUCAACGGCGACGAGGACAGCGCCGCCGCCCUGGGCCUGCUCUACGACUACUACAAGGUGCCCCGGGAGCGGAGAUCUUCCAGCGCCAAGCCAGAGGCAGAGCAUCCUGAGCAGGAGCACAGCAAAAGGGGCAGCCUGCCCAGCGUGGCGGAGCCGUCGCUGCUGUCGGCCGGGGACGGGCGGGUGCAGGUGCUGAAGAAUGUGCCCUUCAACAUCGUGCUGCCACACACGCCCCAGGUGGGCAUGGACAAGAGGGGCCACCUCACCACCCCCGACACCACGGUCACCGUCUCCAUCGCCACCAUGCCCACCCACUCCAUCAAGACGGAGACGCAGCCGCACGGCUUCGCGCUGGGGCUGCCGCCCGCCGCGUACCACCCCGAGCCCCCCGAGCGGGUGGUGGUCUUCGACAGGAGCCUCAACCCCGACCAGUUCAGCUCCAGCAGCCAGCCCCAGAGCUCCCAGCGCCGCACCCCAGACUCCACCUUCUCAGAGACUUUCAAGGAGGGCGUGCAAGAGGUGUUCUUCCCGCCGGAGCUGAACCUGCGCAUGCCCAACAUGGGCUCCGAGGAUUAUGUCUUCGACAGCAUUGCUGGGAACAACUUUGAGUACACCCUGGAAGCCUCCAAGUCACUGCGGCAGAAGCCUGGGGACAGCACCAUGACCUACCUGAACAAGGGCCAGUUCUACCCCAUCACCCUCAAGGAGGCCAGCACCACCGAGGGCAUCCACCACCCCAUCAGCAAGGUCCGGAGUGUCAUCAUGGUGGUGUUUGCUGAGGACAAGACCCGUGAGGACCAGCUGAGGCACUGGAAGUACUGGCACUCCAGGCAGCACACUGCCAAGCAGCGCUGCAUUGACAUAGCUGACUACAAGGAGAGCUUCAACACCAUCAGCAACAUCGAGGAGAUUGCCUACAAUGCCAUCUCCUUCACCUGGGACAUCAACGAGGAGGCCAAGGUUUUCAUCUCUGUCAACUGCCUCAGCACAGACUUCUCCUCCCAGAAGGGUGUCAAAGGCCUGCCCCUCAACCUGCAGAUCGACACCUACAGCUACAACAACAGGAGCAACAAACCUGUCCACAGAGCCUACUGCCAGAUCAAGGUCUUCUGUGACAAGGGGGCAGAAAGGAAGAUCCGGGACGAGGAGCGGAAGCAGAGCAAGAGAAAAGGGAAAUGCAGUGACCCCAACUCCCAGCUGAAUGCCUUUUCUGAUGUGAAGGUGCCACUGCUGCCCUCCCACAAGCGCACAGACAUCACCAUCUUCAAGCCCUUCAUGGACCUGGACACCCAGCCAGUGCUCUUCAUCCCUGACGUGCACUUUGCCAACCUGCAGCGCGGUGCCCACGUCCUUCCUGUGGCUUCAGAAGAGCUGGAGGGUGAAAGCUCCAGCUUGAAGAGAGGAGCCUACAUGGGUGAAGAGGACUUCAUUGCUGCUCCAAACAAGCUGGCCAGGGUAGAAGAACCAAAGAGAGUGCUGCUUUACGUCCGGAAGGAGUCGGAGGAGGUUUUUGAUGCGCUGAUGCUGAAGACUCCCUCUCUGAAGGGUCUGAUGGAAGCAAUCUCAGACAAGUAUGAAGUGCCCCUGGACAAGAUAGGCAAGAUCUUCAAGAAGUGCAAAAAAGGGAUCCUGGUGAACAUGGAUGAUAACAUUGUGAAGCACUACUCCAAUGAAGACACCUUCCAGCUGCAGAUUGAGGAGGCUGCAGGAUCUUACAAGCUGACUCUGACUGAGAUCUAAGCUCAGGCAGCCUCUGGGGGUCUCAGGCCAAGGUCUCCAGUGAACCUUUUCCCACGACUUAGGAGGCUGGGCAGAACUCUGAGCACCUUCUUCAGAGGAGAGCCAGGGGCCGCCUCGUUCUGAGGAGCAGAGCAGUGGCCCUGCCUCAUCCCUUUGCCUUUCUGUUCUUCCCAAAGGACAUCCCAGUGCUCAGAGCCUUAUUUGCACUUGGACUGAGCGAGCACAGACCAGCAGUGUGUAAAACAGCAGUAAACACAGGAGGGGACAGCUCCUGGAGGUGGCCUUGUAGGGUGGUGAUCUCUUAUUUAAACCUCUUCAGUACCCACGAGCCCGGCCCCAGCUGACAGCCUUCCACUGGACUGGUUUCUGCUGGGAUUGCUGCAGAGCUGCUGCUGGAUCCUGGCAGGAGCUGAGUGCAGCUUGGAGAGGAGCCUGUGCCGUGUUCACUCGUGGACAGGGCAGGUGGUUGGAGUCCUUUUGCGGCGGCGUGGGGGUGCGGAGCUGCCUUGCUUGUGAAGAAGUGUCCCCGGGAAGGGUGUGAAGCUCUCCUGUGUGUAAGUGCAAUAUGCCUGUCCAGGUCUGUAAAUGUGUACAUAGCACUGAGAGCUCUAAUAUAUACAGACAUGGGGCCACCUCCUCACUAUA